CUUGUCCUCAGAUACUCUGACCUCCAGCGGAACCCUGGACCCCUGGUGGAAGUCAUGUCAGUCUAUGGCCACGCCCAUCUGCUUCUCCACGCCUUCUCUUUUGGUUUUGGGACCUCUCCCUGCUUCAAGGUGUACCACGCCCUCCGUAAGGCCCGCACCCAACAGAAAGUGGUGUUCUUUCACCCAGACUACCUGCUUAAACUGGACAAGUUCUGGCGUCGCCGCGGGCAACGAGCCCCACGGCUCUCUACUGGUAUGAUGCUGGCCAGCACUGCUCUGGAGAUCUGUGAACAGGCAGCCAUGCUGCAUGAGGGCCUUCCAAAGGAGUUCACGGUGUACUGUGUCGAAGGCUUUGGAGAGGUCGACAAAGCCCAUGACCGCACUGGGUCUCCAGUAGGACCUGCCACAAAGCUGGAAUCUGAACGAGUACUUGAGCUUCAGUACGUGGAUGAUUGUGCUUUUGUGACACACCCCAGAAGCUCUACAAGCCACCCUCACAGCAACUGUACAGACAGCUACAACUGGGCUGUCAUUCUGCAGGUGGUUCAUCUGUAUGGCUUCUGGCCCUUCCCUCUGGAUCUAUCCAAAAAUACUUUGCCACAUCAUUACUAUGACAACGUUGGUCCAAGUCACUUCAUGCACGCCAUGCCUGAAGAGUUCCUGCUGUUACUACAACUCCACAGCCAGGGGGCGCUACAGCUACAUGUUGGACCCUGUACACCCUAA